AAUAAUUUCUCAAUCGUUGUUCAAGUUCACUGCUGCCCCCAUCGUCUUAUUCUCCUCUUUUACACACUCUUUCCACCGCUUUUUCCGCGCAAGCCCUUUUCAUCUCCCACUCUCCUCCCUAAACUCUGCAGUUUCAGCAACCCAUUACACACACACACACACACACAGUAAUAUGAGAGGGCCAUUGGGAGCUGUUGUAGGCACAACACACCCAGCUUCAACUGAAAUGAGUGGUGAUAAUAAUGGCAUCAUCAAGCACAACAGGAGGUGCAGAGAUGUAGUGUUUCUUGUCUUCUUCAUUGCUUUCUGGGUUGCUAUGAUUGUUAACUCUAGCUUUGCUUUUAACCAAGGAAACCCUUUGAGGCUUAAUUUUGGCUUGGACUAUGAGGGCAAUGUAUGUGGUGACAGACAUGCACAUCGUAACCUUCGUGAACUGGAACUUCAUUACUGGCUAAAUCCCAACCAGGUUUACCAAAGCGGUUUGAAGAAUAGUCAAUUCAAGCUUGGCAAUGCUAGAAGUGUGUGUUUGUUGGAUUGCCCAAACCCAUCAGAGGAUUCUCUAGGUUGGGUAUGUGAUUAUCCUGAUGGCGAGAUUCAUCUCUCAAUAGAUGACUGGAUUGAUAGAAAUUACGACUAUUUUGCCGAUUUAACCCCGCAACUAAGAAAUAGUUCUCUUCAGCUUCAAGGUCCUUGCUACCCCAUCGUGUUUCCAAGUGUAAAUGUCUAUUGGAGCUGCCAGCUUAUUGCGCGUGCAUCAAAUGCCUCUUUGCGGCAUUGGAGGGAGAUGGGUGGAGUGAGCAUUGUUGAGGACAUUCUAAUAGAUAAAUCCAUUCACAGGUCUAUCAACUCGCAUUCAUCAGUCUUGAAGAGAUAUGUAGCUGAUGUUGGGAAAGCUUGGCCUGUUUUGAUUGUUUGUGGUGGAAUUGUACCCUUGUUUCUGUCCGUGAUAUGGCUUUUGCUGAUCCGACAUUUUGUUGCUGGAAUGCCAUGGAUAACUGUCAUCCUCUUCAAUGUUCUUAUAAUAUCAGUCACAAUGUUCUACUACUUGAAAGCUGGAUGGAUCGGAAAUAGUGCAAUCUCUCCAAUCAUUGGUGAGCGUGAUCCCUACUACACUGUCUCUGCAAGGGAGUUGAAUCAUAUUCGUGUUGCUGCUGUUUUUAUGACUGCGGUGAUGAUUGUUGCCAUUCUUUCCUCUAUAGCCAUCAUUCGACGUAUCUUAAUGGCAACAUCUGUCUUAAAGGUUGCUGCAAAGGUCAUAGGAGAAGUCCGUGCACUUAUUAUUUUUCCACUCAUUCCAUAUGCCAUCCUAGCAGUUUUCUACAUGAUUUGGCUGUCAGCUGCGCUCCAUCUUUUCAGUUCUGGUCAGGUUGUUCAGAAUGAUUGCAAUGCCAACUGCUGUGCGUAUGACCUCAAAACGAAACGGGUCAGCUGUAACAGUUGUUGUGGCUAUAGCAUACACUAUACAUCUCACAUCGGAGCUGCAAUCCUUUUCCACUUGUUUGGGUGCUAUUGGGCUACACAAUUCUUUGUUGCAUGCUCCUCCACCGUAAUCGCCGGUUCUGUUGCUUCAUACUAUUGGGCUCGUGGAGCCCGAGGUGAAACUGCGCCUAAGGUUCCAUUUCUUCCAGUGUUUUCCUCAAUGAAGCGGCUUGCUCGGUAUAGCAUUGGAUCUGUUGCUAUCGGUUCUCUAAUCGUGAAGUUUGUUGAAUCUACUAGAUUUAUACUCGAGGCAAUACGUCGAAGACUGAAAGUUGCGGAUAUUAUGCCUGAAAGUUGGAUUGGAAAAGUGGCAUACCAUUCUUCAAAUAGUUGCUUGAGAUGUAUUGGAUGGACCAUUAAAUCAGUGAACCGCAAUGCAUAUAUUAUGAUUGCUAUCACAGGUGAAGGUUUCUUCAGAGCUUCUGAGAUGUCUACAGAGUUAAUUAUCAGUAACAUUCUUCGGAUCGGUAAAGUGAACAUUAUUGGAGAUGUUAUCCUUUUCUUGGGCAAGUUAUGUGUGAGCCUUUCAAGCGUGCUUUUUGCUUUCCUCAUGUUGGAGUCUCACAGAUAUAGGUCCGCCCACAAUAAAAUCUCUUCGCCUCUAUUUCCUGUGCUGGCAUGCUGGGUUCUGGGCUACGUCGUUGCUACCCUAUUCUUUGCAGUUGUCGAGAUGUCAAUAGAUACAAUCAUCCUCUCAUUCUGCCAGGAUUCUGAAGAGCAUCAAGGGACUGCCCAAUUUGCAUCUCCCCUUUUAAUGGAAACCUUGAAUGACCAAAACGAGGUGCAAAGACUAACACAAUGAUGUUCUUUGAAAAUACUUCACUAGCAAACUCAUUUCCUUUAUCGGAGUAGUUUAGCGUGUUAUGGUUUAGUGUAUGAUUCCGUUCUCUACUGACAUUUUGCCGGCUGUUUAACUAUCUGAAAUUUCGCUACUCGCCUACUGUAUAUAUACAAUUUUCCCCGGGCAA